UCCAGCUGGUUUGAAAAAGCUACACUGAACUAAGAGAGGAAGAUGGCCGUUUUCUUGUUCCUGUUGAUAACCGUCUGUUCGGUGACCUCUUCCUUCGCCUGUUUCUGUAUGCCGGAACAUCCUCAAAAACAAUUCUGUAACGCUGGUGGAUUCGUUUUGCGCGCUAAGGUCGUGGGUCCAUCAAUAAGAGCUGCCAUGCCAAAUAGAGGCGGAAAUUAUCAAGUCUACUGGUUAAGAAUUACCUCCAUCUUUAAAGGCCAUGCAAACGUGCAAAACAAGUCAUUGACCAAGCUAUACACACCUUCUCGAAUCUCGUCGUGUAGAGUGCAGCUCCAGCCUUAUACCGAAUACCUCCUUUUCGGAAAGAUUUUAGACGGAAAUCUGUACACCAGCUUCUGCAACUUCCAUCAGAAGUGGACCGAGGUGACUCCUGAACAGAGAGCCGGUGUCCAAAUGCAGUAUAGCCAAGGAUGUAAGUGUAAGAUCGGAUUUUGCUUCGCAAACUGUGGUGGCCUUCUACUUGGCUGUGAUGGAUUUGACCCCCACUGGAUGUGCAGAGCAAAAUAUCAUCGGUGCUACAGUUAUCGUGAUCAAAAUGGCGUCGAAAAAUGUGGCUGGCGAGGAAGAGGACAAGGACUUUUCCAGCAGUGUGCUCGCCGAGGAUACGGCUUCCCAUGAGUAACUUAACAGUUUUACAAAACUCUUUUUUUUGAUACCUUCCAAUUCAAACACGUUCUCUGAUCGGACGUGAACGUAUCACGUGCUGAGGACCAAAAUCACCAACUCGUAAGGGAAACCACAACUUGAACUUUCGACCGGUAUGUGAUCAGGUCAUACACCGUGAAACCGCGCCAAAUCUAUGUGUCAGUCCGCCUCAAGAAAAUAAAUACAGCAAAAGGAAACUAAUACAAAAUUUAUUUUUAAUUGUUAGGUAGUUGUGACGUGUUGUAAUAUGUUACAUGUAGUGUUUCUCGUUUGAAUCCUUAGGUAACGGGAUGAUCAUUUAAUUAAAUAUUUUUAACCUCGAGUUCA